UCGACGCUUUUGACUUCGACAAUCGACGCGUGAUCUUGCAUUGGUGGAUCUGGAAGCUCCCGCUUGAGCUAUCGCUCUGUCCAUUCCUUCUAUAUUACGACUGUUUACCGCUCUUUCCCUCCCACCGGUGAUUAUAUUCUUGACGCCUACACCAUGGUCGCCCAGACAGCGUCGUUACUGACGGCGUUGCUCUCGCUCGGCGGUCUUGAGCUGGUUGCAGCUCGAGGCGCGGCCGAGGAGCCAACGCUGAAACCUCGAUUCAUGGCGAAACACAUGAAAAGAUUGAUCAACUACCAAACAUCGGCUGCCCCUGGAGCGUCGUCCAAGGCGCCCGAGACCGCUGAAGUGCCCAGGUCCAACACCAACGUCCUCGAUUCGAUUCUGCAGCCUCUCCAAGAAGCCACCACGGCACCGACGGAAGCGCCCGAGGUCGUUGUCAUCACCCUGUCCGUCGAUGAGGCGGGCAAGACGCAUACGUUGACGCCAACGCCGACGGGAACUGCCUCUUCCUCGACCGUGACGAGCUCGGUGUUGACUUCCGAGCCAGCCGCGGCCAGCGCCUCAGCGACCACCACAGGCUCGACUCCAUCCCAGGCGCCUUCGGACACCUCCACGUCGUCGGAGUCAGCGAGCGAGUCUGGCGCCCCAUCGGUGUCCCAGUCAUCGUCCACCUCCACGGCGUCGGCUUCGAACGUGGUUGGAUCGUCGCAGGAACCCGGUACAUCUACCCCGGCGGCGGAGGAGACCACCACGGCGUCGUCUUCGAACACAGUCGGGUCCUCGCAGGAAACUGGUACGACGGCCAUCACCCCGUCUACGACACCCACGAAGACUGGGAACGUGCUGAGUGAUCUGGUAAGCGGCCUGUUUGGCAGCUCGUCCAGCUCUGAGAGUGCCAGCUCUGUGGUUCCGUCGAACUCGGCCACGGGUGCCAGCACCACCGAGGGCACCUCCACGGGCGUGCUGCCCUCGCAGACCGGUGUGGCGAGUUCGACCGAGCAGCCUUCGUCGACCACCGGAUUGGUCAAUUCACUCCUGUCCGGCCUCCUGUCCGGCUCGAGCACGUCCAGUGUCUCGGAGUCUGCGAACCAGACGACCUCGAGCGAGGUGAUCCCAACGGUCUCGGCAGGCUCCUCAGCGACCGGGUCCUCCAGCCACCCGACGUCCAUCGAGGUCAUUCCGACCCAGUCGGCGGUUUCCUCGGUCGUUUCCCCCUCGGCUGCCACAUCCUCCGGCCUAUUGGAUAGUGGACUCUUGCCGGGUCUCCUGCCCACGAACACGGGCAAUUCAUCGGAGUCCACCAGCCAGCUCACGUCGAUUGAUGUGAUCCCGACGCCAUCCGGUCUGUUGUCCUCCAUUCUGUCACCCUCCGCCGCCAGCUCCUCCGGAUUGCUGGACACUGGGCUUCCAUCUGGCCUUCUUCCCACACCCACGGCCAACGGUUCGGAAACGUCGACCGCACAGACGGGUUCUCGCACGGCCAGUGGAAGCUCCACUGAUCUGACGAGCUCUUCGGGUAUCCUGCCGACAAUCUCCAUCAGUAUCCCGCCGGCCACGCCCACGCCCUCCGUUGGCACGUCCUCGGGAGUCAUCCCAGAACCCAGUAGCAUACCCACCAGCGGCGUCAUUCCAGGAGCUUCUGGAUCGAGCGGCUCCACCACAUCCAGCCCCGUCAUCCCAGGAGCGUCCACCGGAACGCAGACCUUCACCCAUGGACCGUCCGGCUCGCUCAUCAGCCCGGGUGUUCCUACGUCGACCAGUGGUGUCGUUCCUUCGACCGGUUCGACUGGCUCCAGUGGCUCGUCUCUACCCUCAUCUGUCUCGUCGACUCCUCUCAUCGGCUCCUCGAAGCCCACCGACCUGCCCACGAGCCAAAGCAACCCGAUUUCGACAAACACACCCACUCCGAUUUCCUCCACUACCCUGACUCCGACGAGCACGGAACAGCCCAGUACCACGGAGAAGUCGACGGUCACGACCAAGGUCGCUCCCACCCCGGAGCCUACCACGACGAGCGAUGCCACGGACUGGGUUCCGUCGACCAUUCUGGUGGAGCCUCCCAGCCCGACGACGCAAAACACCGCCACCCACACCACGGCGACGACGACGUCCACUCAGACCCAGCUCCCUGGGUCCAUCUCUCCCGGCAACGUUCCCGUCGAACCUCCAGCGGACUCUACCCUGAUUCAGUUGGGAUUCAACGGCAAGCUUCGCUACAGCUUUGUGGCCACGACGCCGCUAUCAUCCUCGCAGAUCUUCCUUUACAUUCCCAUUGCGCUUGAGUACGCGCUGGAGAUUCUCCGAAAGGAGGUGCCCAUGUUGGCGAUCCAGCCUUACGACAAUUCGAAGAGCACGGGUUAUAUCGCGACCGUGGCCAUGGCGUACAUCCCCACCGACCAGGUGGAUGGGCUGCAGAAGAUGCUGAACAACCCUAACUCGCGGCUCUACCAGCAGGACGAUGGCUCCGCCAAGGCUCUGAUGUCGAUGGUCGAUCCUUCCAUUCCUCUGGUGGUGGGUGAGUCUGGAUCCUCCUCGGGCAGCAGUGGAUCUUCCGGCUCGAGUGGGUCCAACGGCAACAGCGGCGGCGACCACGGUAACAGCCAGUCGGACCCCAACUCGGAUGCGGGUGCCAGCAGCAGCGGCUCGACUCACGCCAGCUCGGUCGGCAUUGGCGUUGGUGUCGUGGCGGGAGCCGCCGCCUACGGUGCGGGCAUGUUCUGGGUGGCUCGUCGCUACCGCAAGAAGCGUCAAUUGCACCAGCGGUCGAGCUCGAACGUCGAGCAGAUGAGCGAGGGCCGGAACGGGGCGUCUCUGUUCGGAGCGGGUGGCCGUAUGUCACGUAACAGCAACAACAGUCGCGGCACCGGACGGACACAGAUGAUCAGUGCCCCUGUGAUGGCCGAGAACUCGCUCGGAUGGAAUUAAAAAUGAGAUGUACAUCACGAGGUCCUCUUUUUCGGACGAGGGUACCGAACAACAAGGCAAAGCACAAACACACAAAACAAAAACAAAAAAAAAAAACACAUUUAGACUGGGGGAUUUCGGAUCGAAUCGAUCGAUUCUGUGUGGCCCUUGUGGAAGCUAUGGCCGUUCAUCUUCUAACUGUAUUCAAGUUUUGGAUAUCAUUUGUCUUUCUAUGUUAUUCACCUUACAUACCUAUUUUUUUUUUUUUUUU